AUAAUGUAUCACCAUAGUUGAUUAUCAUAAACAUGAUAAUCAUUUUAAUCGAGUGAUGCUGAUCAAGUAAUAUAAGUCAUUUCAUUGUCUCUGUGUGAUUACUGUUGUAUCCAAAAUGCAUCGUUUUAUACAAAAUCCGGCUUUACCGGCUUGUCUUGCCAUAACAAAUGAUGAACUAUUACCAGGUAGUAAAAUAGUGAUCAAUGGUCAAUGUAGAAUGGAUGUACAUCGUGGUGAUGUAGAUUCAUUUCGUAUCGAUUUGUUUGAUGGCCAAUGUGAACAUUUGGGUUAUUCAAAAAACAUUGCAUUUCAUUUUAAUCCAAGAUUUCGAGGUCCGAAUCAUGGUUCGAUAGCAAUGAAUUCCUAUCGUCAAGGUAACUGGGAACAUCACAUAGAAAAUGAAUAUCAAUUUCCAUUUAGAGCUGGACAAAGAUUUACCAUUGAAUUACAAUGUCAAUCGGAUCAAUUUCAGAUCAAAGUAGACGGAAGCUAUAUAUAUCAAUUCAAACAUCGUUAUGACUAUAGAAGAAUUGGUCGUAUGCACAUUGAUGGCCGAUUAACAAUUGAUUCGAUUCGAUUUGAAACUAUAAGAUCACAACCACAAUGGCCAGUUUAUCCACCAACACCAAGAAGUGUCAUGUGUCCUACUAUUCCUUAUUUUGAUUAUGAUAUACGUCUUUCACAACAACCAGUAGAGGUGUUUCUUGCCGGUAAAAUCGAUACAUUUCCCAGAGAGUAUAUACAAAUCAAUUUGGUCAACAGUGAACGUAAUCGAUAUUGGAACGGUAAUGGAAUAGUAAAUAUUCCAGUACAUUUUAGUAUACGUCCAUUUCAACGAGAAAUUGUUAGAAAUACACUUACGGCAGGCAUAUGGGGAGCAGAAGAGAAACAUCUCUACUCUGGAUAUAGUCUAAAUCCAGGUUGUCGUUUUGAUAUGAUGAUCCGAGUGGAUCGUCAUCAAGUUAGUGUAGCUAUUAAUGGUCAAUCAGCAUUCGAAUAUCGACAUCGGCAUUCACCGAAUUCGAUUGAUGCUUUGCAAGUAACUGGCAGUAUCUAUUUGGAACAUAUUCGUUUUCAAAACUAUUCCUAACUGUUUUAAUGUUGAUUAAAUGAUUUCAAUUGGCCUAAAAUUGAGCAUGCAAUAAAUCUAAAUACAAUAAAUUCUUACCUGAA